GCCGGCGGCCGCUCGGCGUUGCUUUUGGGCUGCAGAAAUGGAAAAGCUCCGUCUCCCUGCAAGCAAAAAUGCCCCCGUGCGACUUCGUACCUGAAAAAUACCAAUCCUACACAUAUGACCAUAUGCUGGAGAUCCGCAAGCGAAAUGUCGCUCCUACCCUGUUAAUGGUUUACAAGAAGCCACUGUUGCUGCAUCAAGGSCACAUGCAGUGGCUGUUUGAUUACGAAGGACGACGAUACCUUGAUYUAUUUGCUGGAAUUGCUACUGUCAGCGUUGGUCAUUGUCACCCGAAGGUAACAGCGGCUGCCCAGGCACAGCUCGCCCGCCUUUGGCACACCUCCAGCAUCUACAUGCACCCGCCGAUCCAGGAGUACGCCGAGAAGUUGGCUUCCCUUCUCCCAGAUCCGCUGAAGGUGGUUUUUCUGACCAACAGUGGGUCAGAAGCCAACGAUCUGGCAGUGUUCCUGGCAAGGUUAUAUACCCGUAACUUCGACAUCAUCUGUUUCAGAGGAGCCUACCACGGAGGCAGCCCUUACAUGCUGGGAGUGACAUCUGUUGGUUACUAUAAGCAUGGUGUUGCCAAUGGCUUUGGCUGUGCAACGACAAUGUUGCCAGAUGUUUUUCGUGGUCCAUGGGGAGGCAGCCACUGCAGAGAUUCUCCAGUGCAAACUGUUCGAAAAUGCAGCUGUUCUGAAGGUGUGUGUCAUGCCAAGGACCAGUAUAUUGAACAGUUCAAAGAAACUCUGAAUACCUCUGUGCCCAAAACAAUAGCUGGAUUUAUUGUUGAACCCAUUCAGGGCGUUAAUGGAACUGUUCAGUACCCAAAAGGUUUCCUGAAGGAAGCUUUCCAGCUAGUACGGGAAAGAGGAGGCCUCUGUAUUUCAGACGAAGUGCAGACGGGAUUUGCACGGACAGGCAGCCAUUUCUGGGGGUUUCAAAGCCAUGACGUACUCCCUGACAUUGUUACGAUGGCAAAAGGAAUUGGGAAUGGUUUCCCAAUGGCAGCAGUUGUUACAACAAAAGAGAUUGCAAGUGCCUUGGCUCAGAACCUUCACAUUAACACGUUUGGAGGCAACGCUGUGGCUUGCGUAGUGGGAGCUGCAGUUCUUGAUGCUAUUGAAGAAGAUGGACUACAGCAGAACAGCGAGGAGGUGGGAACGUACAUGCUCCUGGAGCUCGCUAAACUGCGGGAGAAGUUUGAAAUUGUUGGAGAUGUCCGUGGCAAGGGGCUUAUGAUUGGGAUAGAAAUGGUCACAAAUAAGGGCAGCCGCCACCCUCUUCCAGAUGAAGAAAUCAGUCAGAUCUGGGAGGACUGCAAGGACAUGGGAAUCCUCCUYGGCAGAGGAGGGCUCUUUCGUCAGACAUUUAGAAUUAAACCUCCCAUGUGCAUUACUAGAAAGGACGUAGACUUUGCUGUGGAAGUAUUUCGGACUGCRUUAGAGAGACACGUGGAAAGAGCAGCUGCAAAAUAGACUGGACCUGGCGCCUUCACAGGAGCUAGCCCCUGAUCCCCUCCUCUCCAUCACCCAUCUCUGCACUAAUCCUGUAAUUCAGCUGCAAUGGACAAGGAAAAAGACACUCACAGGCUGGAGCUGGAGAAGUUGCUCAGCACAAGACGACCCUUCACACACAUCAGUAUUUAAAGAACAAUCUGGUUUGUAAACAUACCCUUCAGUUCUGCAGUGGUGUUUUGUAUUACACACCUUUUCUAGGGUUCAGGUAAAAAGACCCCAGAUUACACCACCCUGGGCUCAGAGUAAGUGGAAAACAUUUAUUUUACAUCUAUAAAGCAAUCAAUAUUUUUAGAAAGAGUAACAAAUUWAAACUGUCCUUAGCUAAUAACCUUUCUUUGGACUGCAGAAGCACAGAGUAACUAGCUUCAACAGCAGCAUUUCCAGUUGUCUAGACAAAAGUGCAAACAUUUGUAAAACAAAUUAUAUAUUUUUUACUUUCUUAAAUAGAAAAAAAACACAAUCGAAGGCGAGAGGCACAGCAGGGUAAACUCUCCUUUUAUCCCAUGAUGUAAGACUUCAUUUAUUAUAUUUWAAAAAGGGUAAUUCAGUCUCAGGCUGUGAGCUACCCUGAGCAGAAAAUAAGUGGAGAUUUUGAACAAAGUUAAAAUUGCUUCCCCCUCUUGCAAGGAUUCACUGUAAUUAGAGCAGGAAAAGUAGGUAUGCACAUAAAUAGAAAAGUUUCUGCCCAACUAAGUAGCUGCUUUGGGAAUUUACUUAGUACAGCCAYUUAAGAAGGGGCAUGAAGCAUGAUGAGAUAAGAUGUUU